UCAGGAGAAAAUGCAUACGUUUUGCGAAACUCAGGAACAAAAUAUUUCGAACAAAAUUAACAAUAUGCAAAACUAUUUUGAUAAAAAAAUAGAUGAACUGAAAACCUACUUCAAUACAAAAUUAGAUAAUUUACAAGUAAACAAAAACGCAAAUAAUAACGAUGGAGCUUACCCAGUAUAUUCGCUUCCAGAAGGUUUUCCAUUAAAAAAUAUGCAAGAAUUUGAAGAGUUCGAGGAAAAUAAGGAAAAGCAGGGAGAACUAAGAAAUUAUUUUAUUUGGUGGGGAAAUCCUAAUGCAAAAGUUGCUUUGAGACAGUACCUUAGAUAUUCUAUCUCAGAUGAACUUGCAUGCCAAUUUAAGUGGGCUAAAAAAAAUAAUAAGGAAAGUAAUGAUGAAGAACCGGAAAAUGCGGAAAAUGAACCUGCAUCACACAAGACAUUAUAUGACACACGGCUGAGUAAAAUGAUGUUCCAAGUAAUUAAUAAGUUUGAAAAAACUUCAAUAGAAAGUUUUAAUCAACUUAUGCAGGCUGCAUUAAGAGUUGCUAAGCAAAGACAUCGAGAUCGAGUUCGAAGAGAAAACCGAGAACGUAAUGGCCGACGAAAUCAUUUACAAGAUAUGAAUAAUUUAUACAGUAAUUAAAAUGAUCGAAGAUUAAUGAAGAUUGACAAAAACAAUUUAAAUUUUUACUUAUAGGUAUAAAGAUGAAAAUAUCGAUAUAUAGAUAUAAAGAUUUCAUGAUAUAAAUUCCUGCAUAUUAUAAGAGCUUUACUUUUGUUUAAAAUAUUUAGUGUUUCGAAUAGAAAACGUUUUCUCAUUCCAGUAAGUUGAUGUUUUAGGGCCCGGGCAGAGUGUAUAGUUAGAAAACAGUUAGAAAAAUAUUUUUUGUUCUCAAUACCUUUUUUGUUUUGAAUGCCUUUAAAUUACCAAAAGUUAUGUUUAAUAAUUAUAAUAAUAUAUAUACACUACAUACAUAUAUAUAUAU